GACAGUCCGGCUGUCCCCGCCUCCUUCCGUCCGAGUGGCGCUCUCCCGCGGCUGCGCCGGCCGGGCGGCCCCGGAGACAAAGCGCCGCCGCCGCCGCCACCGAGCGGGUCCCGGGCCAUGGCCGGGUCGCCUUUGGCCCCGCUUAUCCCGUCCCGCUGCCGCCGCCGCCUCCCUAGGUUGCUCCGCGAGGUUGCCAGUGGGUGUUCCUCGUUCUAGCCCAUUGGACCCACUCCACAGCCCAUUUGGCAGAUGAAGAAACUGAGGCUGGCGAAAGUGAAGUGACAGUCUUAAGCCGAGGGGACAGCUUGGCCCUGGAACCAGAGGGAGGCCAGGCUCCCUCUAGCUUCCUGCCUGGCCAUGGGCUGUUGAAUCAACAGCAGUGCCCAUAGCGGACUCUGAACUUCCUGGAAAACAGCAUGAGUGUGAGGAGAUAAGUAUUUGAGCACCAACUACAUGCCAGGCACUGGAAUCCAGGCAAAAAGCCCUCUGCCCUCCUAGAACAGGCAAAGACAACCCAGAUGUGGAAACAAAGGCCCAGAGAAGCUUAACGCUUGCCCGGGGUCACGCAUCCUGGACACUACAGAGCUGACAUUUGAACCCAGAGAAGAGCAAGCCGAGACCAGACUGGGCAGAGGGCAGGGAGGCAAGCGGUGGCCUGAGAGGCCCCGGCCCCCGCCGCCAUGAAGCUGAACGAGCGCAGCCUGGCCUUCUACGCCACCUGCGACGCCCCGGUGGACAACGCGGGCUUCCUGUACAAGAAGGGCGGCCGGCACGCGGCCUACCACCGCCGCUGGUUCGUGCUGCGCGGCAACAUGCUCUUCUACUUCGAGGACGCGGCCAGCCGCGAGCCCGUGGGCGUCAUCAUCCUGGAGGGCUGCACGGUGGAGCUGGUGGAGGCCGCCGAGGAGUUCGCCUUCGCCGUGCGCUUCGCGGGCGCCCGGGCCCGCACCUACGUGCUGGCCGCCGAGAGCCAGGCCGCCAUGGAGGGCUGGGUGAAGGCGCUGUCGCGGGCCAGCUUCGACUACCUGCGGCUCGUGGUGCGCGAGCUGGAGCAGCAGCUGGCGGCCGUGCGGGCGGGGGGCUGCCCGCUGCCCCCGCGCCGGCCCCGCGCGCUCCCGCCCAAGGAGAACGGCUGUGCCGUGUGGAGCGCCGAGCCCCCCGCCGGCGCGCGGCCCGGCCCCGCGCCCCCGCCCCUGCCCCCCCGGCGGCGGGCCUCGGCGCCCAACGGGCCCCUCCACGCGGCCUCCUUUGCCCGGCUACACGAGUGGUAUGGGCAGGAGGUGAGGGCGCUGAGGAGCCAGUGGCUCAGGAGCCGGGCCCAGCCCUGAGGUCGCCGGGGUGGGGGGGCCUGUUUCUGGACGGACCCCAGACGCGGGCCCCAGCCUCACAGGCCCUGCCCGGAGAGAGACCGGGAGGCCUGGUCCCGAGGGAAAUCCGGUGGCCCCGCUCUCCGGGACUCUGCUCUGACAAGACGGCUGGGUCCUGAGGGCUGCUUUAGGGCUGGUGGGACUCCGCAGGGGCCGCGUCCCCGAUUCCACGGAGGAUCCAGGGCCUGGGGGAGCCUCCUGAAGCCCGACGGCUGGUUUCGGGGGAACUCUAGCCCCAGGCCGCGCGGGAGUCACCCGGCCAAGGCCUCUUGCUGGUAACGGGCCCCCGCUGGGGUGACUGGGACUGCAUGAGGAUCUGUGGCCUGAAAGGCGAUGCCCGCGUCAGCCUUGGGCCCGGCGGCUCCUGACUGGACCAUGACGUGGACAGAGAGAGCCUUGGCUGUGCCACCCCACACCUGGGUUUGACCUCCUUUUGCUCCAGGCCGCCUGGCCGUCUCCAGCAGCAGUUGCAGAAGGUGGCGCAGGCGCAGGUUUUAUUGCCAGACGCGUAUGGUGAGAUUGCCCAGUCCCAAGGGCUCUUGGCUUGGAGUGGGGCCCGGGCCGGACUUUACCCUGGGCGUCAGCCAGGCCUUGAGAAGGUACUCCUGGCGCAGUAGCUGCCCUGUGGCUUGGGCCAGGUCUGUGUCCCUGUGGCGGUUCUCACAUGCCCUCCUGACACUCCUUAAUCACAUCCUUCGUCUGCUUCUCCUGGAGCCGGAGCCUGGGGUGGGGCCUCUCAGCUCACCUGACCUUGUCCAGUCCUGGGCUAGGCAGUCGUGGCCUGAACUGACUUCCCAGCAGGUUUCCCCAGGGAGGGGUGGCUGUGAGCUGACUCAGCACCCAGAAAAGGCCCGGGUGCUGAUCUGGUACAGCAAAGAAACAGCUGCCAAGCUGUGUUUGGCUUCUGGAACCCCCUCGCUCCGUGACAGCCCCAGCCCACCUCCACCCCCGAUAUUCUGAUGGGGAGACCAGGUCUUGAUUUGCUUCAAGGCCGACUGCUGUUCCACUGUACUCACCACAGUGGCCAUUCUUCAUCCAGGGAGAAUCUCGGGGGGGCUGGGACACCCCCCGGCCUUCAAGCUGGGUUAUGUUUACAGUCCUCAGUACCCCACAGUGGGGACCACCUGAGGACACAUAUGCCCCAACCUGUAUUUCCCCAGACGGUCUCUCUUGGGUACAGGCAGACUUGGCCCUGAGGCCCUCUCCUGCUGUCUUUGGAGACCCUGGAGCUUGGGGAAGAAAGGGGGCUGUCUGUGUCUGCAAUCACCAGCUCACUGCUGGCUCAGUUGACUGGGGCUUCAGUUUUAAUUUAAUUUUUAAUACUUAGGGUGGUUUUCUUCCCUAGCAAUGGAGCUUGGCGUUUUUGCUGCUUUUGUUUCUUGUUGGCUAGUUGGAAGGGAUGGGGUGCCCCAGCUCUGGGCGUGGCUGGGGGUGGGGGGCAGUUGGCACUGGCCCCAGGAAGAGGGCCAGGAGCCUUGGUUGGAGACAAAGGCGCCUCAAGAAUCUCACCAGGUUCUCUACCUUCUCCCCAGCAAGUCCUGCUCUCCUGACAGGUGCCUCUGGGGUCUUUGUACACUCCCAUCUCCUCCUCCCUGAGUCCUGAGUAGUGGAGGUGGGGGAUGGCUGCUCUUGUUCAUAGAUUCUGGGUCUCUACAGAGGUUACAAGCUGCCCAGAGCCCAUGUCCUGGCCAGACCCAGCUGGUGGGGUGAGGUGUUGACCCCAAUCCUGGUGCAGGUGUACAAGCUCUAUAAAGGUACAAUGCCUAACCCCCCCCCCCCCAAAAAAAAAAGCACAAGAUGGGGUCAGGCUGCCUCCAUAGUUGGGUGGGGACAGAGAUAUCUGGCAGCCUGGAAGGAGGAUGUAAAGGCUGAAAUAAAAAGUUGUCAAGUAA